UUGCCUGGCUUUGGCCCGGCCCGGCCCAGACAGCUGCAGGUCCCGGGAGGCUGAGGGGGGAGGCCAACCCCUGAGUGCCCCAAGCAGCCUCCCCGGACCCCCUGUGCCCCCCUGGGCAGCCCACACUGGCCCUUGCCACAAGGAGGAGGAGCAAAGGCCCAGCCCAAAAUGCCUCCUGCCUCUGAGAAUGUUCCCCCAAAGUAAGAUCCCAGGACCCUCAAAUGGCCCCCAGAGAAGCCAAACCAGCUGCCUGGGACCCCAUAAUGCCUCCCAGGGACCCUCAGUUGCUCCUCUGGCACCCCAAAGCUAUCCCAAAGGAAUGAAAAUGGCCUCCUUGACCCAAACCUCCUCACCCCUCCCUCUUUUCCUCUCUUCAGAAAUAACCAGAUCAACCCUCGUGUAUCUCACAUGAUAAAUCUGGAGCUGUGAGGUGAGAUGGCAAAAAGACAACAAAGAGAUUAUAGGGGACAAAGAGUUAGGUCAGAUUAGAGUUAAGGCAGAGACAGACGCAGAGACCAGAGUGCCAGAAAGGAGGCCACAGCCAGAGGACACAGCAGUGACCUCUUCCCCCACCAGCAUGGCCCCACAGAACAACCCAGACAAGAGCUGGGAGAAGAGGAAGCCCCAGGAAAACAAGAUGGAACAGCCAAAGAGCAAUCCCAAGAAAGAAGAGGAGGAAGAGGGCAACAUGGAGGAUGAUGAUGAGAAUGAUUAUGAUGAUGCUGACUGUGAGGAGGAAGACAAUGAUGAGGAUGAAGAUGACCAAGACAAUGAAGAGGAGGAGGGGCACCAUCACAUCCACACCAGAGAGAAGCUGUUUCCCUGUGCAGAGUGCAGCAAGAGCUUCACCACAAGCUCCAGACUCCUCCGGCACCAAAUCAUCCACAGCAGUGAGAAGCCCUUCACCUGCACUGACUGUGGCAAGAGCUUCAGCUACAGAUCUGCUCUCACCAUCCACCAGCGCUCACACACUGGUGAGAAGCCCUUCACCUGCACUGACUGUGGCAAGAGUUUCAGCUACAGAUCUGCUCUCACCAUCCACCAGCGCUCACACACUGGUGAGAAGCCCUUCACCUGUGCUGACUGUGGGCAGAGUUUCAGCUACAGAUCUGCUCUCACCAUCCAUCAGCGCUUACACACUGGUGAGAAGCCCUUCACCUGUGCUGACUGUGGCAAGAGCUUCAGUCAGAGCUCCACCCUUACCCAGCACCACCUCACGCACACUGGUGAGAAGGCCUCCUGCCCUGACUGUGGCAAGACCUUCAGCUGCCGCUCUACCCUCACCAUCCACCGCCGCAUUCACACCAGAGACAAUCUGUUCCCCUGUGCAGAGUGCAGCAAGAGCUUCACCACGAGCUCCAGACUCCUUCGGCAUCGAAUCAUCCACAGUGGUGAGAAGCCCUUCACCUGCACCGAGUGUGGCAAGAAAUUCAGGCGCAGUUGCAACCUCACUGAGCACCGCCUCACUCACACCGGUGAGAAGCCCUUCACCUGCACUAACUGUGGCAAGAGCUUCAGGUGCAAAUCCCAUCUCAGUGCACACUGCCUCACGCACAGCAAUGAGAAGCCGUAUGCCUGUGGUGACUGCGGCAGGAGUUUCACUCAGAAGUCCAGUCUCACCAAGCACCGUCGUGUCCACACUGGUGAGAAGCCUUUCACCUGCAGUGACUGCGGCAAGAGCUUCAGCCAGAGCUCCGCGCUCCACACCCAUCGUCUUGUCCACACUGGUGGGAAGCCCUACAGCUGUGGAGACUGUGGCAAGAGGUUCAAGUGCAGCUCCAAUCUCACCCGACACCACCACACCCAUGAUGCUGACCAGGCCACACUGGGGAGCAGACACAAAUAGACACACUCUGGAUCUGUUGGUGUAAGUGGGACCAGCCCAAGAGGGCCUUUCCAGCAGAUAGAACCAAAAUUACCUCUUUUUGACCUGCACUUGUAAGGAGCUCGGAGCUCCAGCAGGAACUACCAACCCCUACACUUCUAAGCACCAAUUACUGGUGAUGAGAAUAAUUACACUGAUGAGUUGGCAUAUCUGGUGUUGCUCCUGGAGCCGUGAUGAGCUUUGCCAGGAUUUAUCUGGUUCUUCCCCAAUGCUUUGGGUCUCCCUGAGUUAAAGCCCUGUCCAUUGCUCAUGUACCAAUAAUAACCCAGUUAAGAAA